ACGUUUUUAAAUCGACCUUGUGUGUGUUUCAACUUCGGUCAUCCCUAGUGUCAGGACGCGCAGACAGCUAAGCACAGAACACAUCUCUAAGGCCACUUGCCCCUCUGUCCGCUCAGCCCCCUGAGUUCGCUGUCGCGCCCCGGCCAGAGGGAAGCAAAGCAGGGCAUGAAAAGUUGCGGGGGCCCUACUGCCCCGGGUGUGUCGCUCCUUCCCAAAGGUGGGGCACCCGGGAGCGAGCAGGGUGGUGAGGCGCCCCUGCGUCCCGUUUGCUGCUCCCUCGCAGGAUUGGGGCACCCGGGCCUGAGCGCUAGUGCUGCGGCAUCCCCGGGGCUCCCCCAAGAAAGGGAGGAGGCGCCGCGCUCGCCGGACAGUGGAGACGUGCCUUCUCGGCUCUGGUCCGCGCCCCGGGGCCGUGGCCUCCCUGGAGGGGCUGGGGAACUGGAAGCUGGGCCGAGAGAGUUCCCGCUGCAGCUAUCGCGCAGUCCCUCCUGCGCCCGGGCGCCCCCAGCGGGUUCCGGGAGGCGCCCGGUGAGCCCACGUCUGUCGCGGCGGAGCGAGCACGCUCCGGGAGGGCGGAGAGCCGGCGGGGCUGGCAGGAGGUGGGGAGUGCGGGAGUGGAGGACGCUGCGGCAGCGACAGCGACAGCCCCCGAAGCAGUAGCGGCAGCCCGGGCGGCGGCUGAGCGGCAGUGCGCAGUCGGCAGCGCCGCAGCUCCUCUCAGUCUAUCUCCGGCUGCCGCAACACCUCUUCCUCCUGGCCCCCUCUCCGGCGCGGAGGGGCUGACUGCUAAGCCACUGCAAGCAACUCCCUCAGAAAAAAAAAAAAAAAAAAAAAAAAAAAAAAAAGCCGCAUCGGAGGAGCCUGGCCGCAGGACCCCUCCUCCCCGGGCGCCCCCCACCCCUCGCCUCUCCCCCCGCCCUCCCUCACACCCCCCCGCCCCCCAGCUCUCGGGCGCCCGCCUCCCUCCUUCGCGGACUGUCUCCCGACACGCCGGCUGAGAGCCCUUUUCGACUGUGAGCUGCGGCAGCUGAGCAGAGGCGGCGGCGCGGGACCUGCAGUCGCCAGGGAUUCCCUCCAGGUGACGAUGCUCUGGUUCUCCGGCGUCGGGGCUCUGGCUGAGCGUUACUGCCGCCGCUCGCCUGGGAUUACGUGCUGCGUCUUGCUGCUACUCAAUUGCUCGGGGGUCCCCAUGUCUCUGGCUUCCUCCUUCUUGACAGGUUCUGUUGCAAAAUGUGAAAAUGAAGGUGAAGUCCUCCAGAUUCCAUUUAUCACAGACAACCCUUGCAUAAUGUGUGUCUGCUUGAACAAGGAAGUGACAUGUAAGAGAGAGAAGUGCCCCGUGCUGUCCCGAGACUGUGCCCUGGCCAUCAAGCAGAGGGGAGCCUGUUGUGAACAGUGCAAAGGUUGCACCUAUGAAGGAAAUACCUAUAACAGCUCCUUCAAAUGGCAGAGCCCGGCUGAGCCUUGUGUUCUACGCCAGUGCCAGGAGGGCGUUGUCACAGAGUCUGGGGUGCGCUGUGUUGUUCAUUGUAAAAACCCUUUGGAGCAUCUGGGAAUGUGCUGCCCCACAUGUCCAGGCUGUGUGUUUGAGGGUGUGCAGUAUCAAGAAGGGGAGGAAUUUCAGCCGGAAGGAAGCAAAUGUACAAAGUGUUCCUGCACUGGAGGCAGGACACAAUGUGUGAGAGAAGUCUGUCCCAUUCUCUCCUGUCCCCAGCACCUUAGUCACAUACCCCCAGGACAGUGCUGCCCCAAAUGUUUGGGUCAGAGGAAAGUGUUUGACCUCCCUUUUGGGAGCUGCCUCUUUCGAAGUGAUGUUUAUGACAAUGGAUCCUCAUUUCUGUACGAUAACUGCACAGCUUGCACUUGCAGGGACUCUACUGUGGUUUGCAAGAGGAAGUGCUCCCACCCUGGUGGCUGUGACCAAGGCCAGGAGGGCUGUUGUGAAGAGUGCCUCCUACGAGUGCCCCCAGAAGACAUCAAAGUAUGCAAAUUUGGCAACAAGAUUUUCCGGGAUGGAGAGAUGUGGUCCUCUAUCAAUUGUACCAUCUGUGCUUGUGUGAAAGGCAGGACGGAGUGUCGCAGUAAGCAGUGCAUUCCCAUCAGUAGCUGCCCACAGGGCAAAAUUCUCAACAGAAAAGGAUGCUGUCCUAUUUGCACUGAAAAGCCCGGCGUUUGCACGGUGUUUGGAGAUCCCCACUACAACACUUUUGACGGUCGGACAUUUAACUUUCAGGGGACGUGUCAGUACGUUUUGACAAAAGACUGCUCCUCCCCUGCCUCGCCCUUCCAGGUGCUGGUGAAGAACGACGCCCGCCGGACACGCUCCUUCUCGUGGACCAAGUCGGUGGAGCUGGUGCUGGGCGAGAGCAGGGUCAGCCUGCAGCAGCACCUCACCGUGCGCUGGAACGGCUCGCGCAUCGCGCUCCCCUGCCGCGCGCCGCACUUCCACAUCGACCUGGAUGGCUACCUCUUGAAAGUGACCACCAAAGCAGGUUUGGAAAUAUCUUGGGAUGGAGACAGUUUUGUAGAAGUCAUGGCUGCGCCGCAUCUCAAGGGCAAGCUCUGUGGUCUUUGUGGCAACUACAAUGGACAUAAACGUGAUGACUUAAUUGGUGGAGAUGGAAACUUCAAGUUUGAUGUGGAUGACUUUGCUGAGUCUUGGAGGGUGGAGUCCAAUGAGUUCUGCAACAGACCUCAGAGAAAGCCAGUGCCUGAACUGUGUCAAGGGACAGUCAAGGUAAAGCUCCGGGCCCAUCGAGAAUGCCAAAAGCUCAAAUCCUGGGAGUUUCAGACCUGCCACUCGACUGUGGACUACGCCACUUUCUACCGGUCCUGUGUGACAGACAUGUGUGAAUGUCCAGUCCAUAAAAACUGUUACUGCGAGUCAUUUUUGGCAUAUACCCGGGCCUGCCAGAGAGAGGGCAUCAAAGUUCACUGGGAGCCUCAGCAGAAUUGUGCAGCCACCCAGUGUAAGCAUGGUGCUGUGUACGAUACCUGUGGUCCGGGGUGUAUCAAGACCUGUGACAACUGGAAUGAAAUUGGUCCAUGCAACAAGCCGUGCGUUGCUGGGUGCCACUGUCCAGCAAACUUGGUCCUUCACAAGGGAAGGUGCAUCAAGCCAGUCCUUUGUCCCCAGCGGUGACCUUUGUUUCAAUCCUUAAGACUCUGAAAUCUGGUGACUUUGACACUGAAGCGGAAGAGCCAAUGAAGGACUGCAGUAUUUGUGUGCCCGAUUCUGUAAACACACACACACAGAGUAUAUAUGUGUAUAUAUAUAGAUAUAUUCAAAAACAUUUCAUCAUUUAUAUAAACUAUAGGGGGAUUAUUAUAUGUAUAUUUUUUGCUAUAAGACAUGUAUUGUUUCUAGGAUCCUAACCUGUAAGCCAUUGAACAUGUUGUAUAAAUACACCAGGUGUUUUUAAUUUAAUAAGGUGGCAUGCAGAUACAUUGGAUAGUGUUAACAUCACAUACAUUUGUUAUUUUUAAGGAAGUUUUCUAAGAGCCCUCAAUUGCCUGCCUGUAUUAAUUUUAGUUUUGAGUCAGGAUUUGUAAUGGAGUGGGAAAUGUGUUUCUCUGGAGAAGGGCACAUUUAUCUAGGGGCAUUUCAGGUUUCCAAAGAAAGGAAUGUAUGCCUGGGAAAGACAGCAGGAGAUUGGUGACCGGCCCUAAUGGUGCAUGAAAAGCGAGUGAUAGGCUGUUAGAAUGUAUUAGGUCAUGGGCUAACAUUAUUUCCAAAAUUGAUUGGCUGGUUGCCAAGAAAUAUAUAUUUGUCACUAGGGCAUAACCGAAGAAUCAAGUGAUUUCUUGCCAUCCUUGGGUAGUCCUCAAGUCUUCUAAUCGUCUAUGUGUGUAUGAUGGAUGUGACCAUUUAUAUGUCAUGUGUUGAGAUUAAAGGGUGUCUGGAUGACAUGUUAAUUUUAUUGAGCAUGAGAAAGUAUUUGAAGAAACUGUUGCACAACAUAUGAUGAAAUUUUGAUUUCUCUGCAUCUCAGAGUAAUUUAAGAUGGGCAAAUCCAAUGAGUUGAUGUAACCCAUCUACAUUUUGUGGCUAUUUCAUGUAUAAAAUGAAAGGCUUUAGUUAUUUCUAGAGGAGUCCCAUCCAACACUAUUUGGCGACUGUUAAUAUGUUAUAAUUAUUAGACAGUGGAAAAGCCUUUAUUGACUAAUUGAUUUAACCUCAGUCCAAAGAACAGUCUCUAUACUUGCUCUCAUUUACUGAUAGGCUGCUACUAGUUACCAUUUGAUUGUCUUGACUUUCGUCUUCAGUUGAAUUGGUGAAAACAUCAACAAAAACAAAACCCACUGUGUCUUAAAAUAAAAUGUUCUGCAUCAUAGUCAAUAAAGGGCUUAAGAUGUAAAACAAUGCAUUUUCUCUCUCAAAUGUCCUGUGUUAUACUUUAUAAUUAGUUGUAUCAACUUCAGAUUCAUUAAAUUUUAACAGCUGUAUUUAGUUAUAAUUUUUGUAUCUUACAACAGUAUAUAUAAAGACUAUUAUUAAUAGACAAAAGCAAACCCACAUUUUUGACAAGCCAGCAUGUUGCCAAUGCUCGUCAAAGACAUUUAUGUUUCUUUUACAUUCAUGACAGCUAAAGUAUUAACUUGGAAUUUUUUUUUUUUUUGACUGGAAAAUCCCUAGUUGUUUGAAUUAACUGAAUAAAGUGCAGGGCGUAAUAGUGA